AUGAUUAAGUUAGUGUACUACAGGAGAGAUGGUACAUUCUACCAAUAUCGGCCCGAUGCAUCAGCAUAUAUAACGGAUUCAGAUGUUCAAAUUUUCACUUUGGGUAGCUCCACCUGGAGAAGUUUGGGAAAGGCAAGGGGCCGCUACUUUUCUAAUCAGUCGUUAUCACAGGCGUUGGUUAAUGGAAGACUGCAUUGGGUCACUCUGCCAGAUCUCCGAAGGAUGGAGAUCAUCUCGUUUGACUUGACAGAUGAGCAAUUCCGGGAGGUCCCAAGUACACCUUUGAAGGGUACUUAUGAGCUAGUGGUUCUGGGAGGAUGUCUUUCUGCUGCAGUUUAUUUGAACUCUGGCACAUUGGAGAUAUGGGUAAUGAGAGAGUAUGAUGUGGAGGAGUCUUGGAUUAAGAAAUUAAACAUAAGAGCCCACAUGCCUAAGGGACUUGAGGAAGACUUAACAAGUCAAAUCUUCAAUAAUUCAAGAAUACGUCGGCAUGGAGGGAUCUGGGGGCAUAUGUCGGCAUGGAGCUGGCCCCGAGUUUUAUGCCUUCUGAAGACUGGUGAGAUCUUAAUGGAAUAUGAAAGUAGAGUUCUAGUAUCUUAUGACCCAAAAAGUGGAGAGUUUAAAGACCUAAUGUUUCAGGGAAUACCAAAGUGGUAUCGGACAAUUGUGCAUGCGGGCUGCCUUAAUUGGAUUGAUUGA